CGCGACGGCCGCUCCGGUAGGCGCCACCGCCACUGCCGGGAGAUCCAUGGGCUUCUCCUGGGCGCCGCCGGGUGUCUGGCCGAUACCAGGGAGCCGCGGCGCCUCGUGCCCGGGAGCCAUCGCUGCAGCCCGAGGCCGGGCCCCGGGGCGGGGACGGCAGGGGGAGGCGACGGCAGCUGCGGCGGGAGCCUCCCUAGGGGCCUGGGACUGGGAACUGCCUCCGACUUCACGAUGCCAGUAUGGACAGAAUAGCUUAUGAUGCUCAUCCCAACCCACCACUUUCGAGACAUUGAGCGGAAGCCAGAGUACCUCCAGCCGGAGAAGUGCGUCCCGCCUCCCUACCCCGGCCCUGCGGGAACCAUGUGGUUUAUCCGCGACGGCUGCGGCAUCGCCUGUGCCAUCGUCACCUGGUUUCUGGUCCUCUACGCGGAGUUUGUGGUCCUCUUUGUCAUGCUGAUUCCGUCCCGGGACUACGUGUACAGCAUCAUCAAUGGAAUUCUGUUCAACCUGCUGGCCUUCUUGGCCCUGGCCUCCCACUGCCGGGCCAUGCUGACGGACCCCGGGGCAGUGCCCAAAGGAAAUGCCACUAAAGAAUUCAUCGAGAGUUUACAGCUGAAGCCCGGCCAGGUGGUGUACAAGUGUCCCAAGUGCUGCAGCAUCAAGCCCGACCGAGCGCAUCACUGCAGUGUGUGCAAGCGGUGCAUCCGGAAGAUGGACCACCACUGUCCCUGGGUCAACAACUGUGUGGGCGAGAACAACCAGAAGUACUUCGUCCUGUUUACAAUGUACAUAGCGCUCAUCUCCUUGCACGCCCUCAUCAUGGUGGGAUUCCACUUCCUGCACUGCUUUGAAGAGGACUGGACAAAGUGCAGCUACUUCUCGCCACCCACCACAGUGAUCCUGCUCAUCCUGCUGUGCUUUGAGGGGCUGCUCUUCCUCAUCUUCACGUCGGUGAUGUUUGGGACCCAGGUGCACUCCAUCUGCACAGACGAGACGGGAAUAGAACAAUUGAAAAAGGAAGAGAGAAGAUGGGCUAAAAAAACAAAAUGGAUGAACAUGAAAGCCGUUUUCGGCCACCCCUUCUCUCUAGGCUGGGCCAGCCCCUUUGCCACGCCAGACCAAGGGAAGGCAGACCCGUCCCAGUACGUGGUCUGAAGGACCCCGGCCAGCAAUGCCACUCAGACACAAACCACAUCACAGCACCGCCGCCAGCCCGGCCUCACGAAUGUUUAAACCGAGAGAGCAAAACAACUAAAACUUUUUUUUAUGGCUCAAGUAAAAUGGCUGAGCGUUGCAGAGAAAAAAAAAAAAAGUCCCCAUGUUUUAUUUUUAAAAGAUCAUCCUUUCUAUUUUUUGGCAAACCGAAGCUGCUCUUCUGUUUUCCUUUUCAAAAAUCACUUCUCUGGCCUCUGGUUUCCUCUCUGCUGUCUGUCUGGCAUGACUAACGUGGAGGGCGCUGUCCCCGGGCGGUGCCCUCUCCCACUAACUGAGACGUGUGACGCUGGUGCGUGGAUGGAUGGACUGGUCUCCAUGCCUGGUCCUGGUCGGGGAGGCACUGGAGGGCCCUGACCUCCCCCUGCCCAGGAGGCGGCGGCAGGACUAGAACCUCGCAGAAGAUGGACGCUUGCCCCUGGCGGCCCAGAGGGCAGGAUCAGGGCUGGAGCCCUGUGCAGGGCCCCUGGCACCGCGGCCCCAUCCCCGACGUGGACAUGGUUUGCCUCCUAAUCCACGAAAUCAGUUGCCUGCCUUGUACUUUGUAGACUCGGGGUGUGUGGAAUGAUUGGGGCGGGGGGGUGAAAGGGUCAGAUUUGUAUUCUGAAUCACCAGUUAUGUUCUCUCUGAUUAUUUGGAAGAGUGUGAAGGAAAGAAGUCUUUCUGGUUCAAAAUGCCUUACACAAUCAAAAGACGGAAAAAAUCGCGCGAUUUCGGGCAAGCCCCCUUUCCCUCUGUUGCGUCUGCUUGCUUCCCCACGUCCCUCCUCCCGCUCCUCGCGAGACUGCCGCCAGGCCAGGCGGCUGCAGCCCCGCACCUGCACCCCUGCCGUCGCCCUCUCUUCCUUGCUUUGUAAGUCACCAAAGCAGGUUCGCUUUCUGAUAAUUAGACCCUUCAAUGUGCACGUGCCCACGUCUUGUCUCCAGUCUGACCUGGGAGCCUGUUGCCCUGGCCUGGGGCUGACCGUGCCACAAGGGCGUCGUUCCAGCCCCCCGACUUUCCACAGUUGGCAGGGGCUGCCCUGGUCCCUGAAACCCGCAGGUGCGCCUGGGCCUCGGGUGCUGGGCCUGCAUAGCUUUUCCCAGCUGGGGCUUCCCGCUGCAAGUACCCUUUGCCGGAGGGAGGCCUGAGGACGGGGAAAUUAGAGGGAGGAGACCGAGUGCCCUCAUAUGCAAAACUCAGAAGCCCGGAUUCUCACACAUGGGUUUUGUUUUGUUUUGUUCUAAAGGCAUCGCCACAAACCUUUUGUAGCUCCUAGGGUGGGGACGGGAUAAGGUUUAUUAAAUCCGGUCUGGGAUAGGAAGACCGUGAACCUAGCCAUGUGAUUUUUCAGAAAAGUAAGUGGAACAUGCUGCGUCUUCAAUUCUGUCAGUCCGUGCUUCCACCUGGAAACAAAAUGCAAUAAAAGUUUUCCAAA